CUGUCUGCAUUCCUCUCGACUCUCUCUCCCCUUUAUAUAACCCAGAAAGUUUCCUCUUUUGCUUCCCUCAAGACCCUCUCCGUCACUCCUCUCUUCCUCUCUACACCGUCACUGCACUCCCUCUGCACCCCACGCAAAGAGAAGGCUAAGAGCUACAGAGAAGACAUGGAAGCCACGAAGAUCUGUGUCCUCCUCUUCGCCCUCGCCGCCUGGGCCGCCGACUCCGCCCACGACGCGCCGGCGCCGGCCGUCGACUGCUCAAGCCUUGUGCUGACCAUGGCCGACUGCUUGUCCUUCGUCUCCAACGGGAGCACCACCGAGAAGCCGGAGGGGACCUGCUGCUCUGGGCUCAAGACCGUCCUGAAGGCCGACGCCGAGUGCAUCUGCGAGGCCUUCAAAAGCAGUGCCCAGCUCGGUGUCGUGCUCAAUGUCACCAAGGCCAUGUCUCUCCCCGCCGCGUGCAAAGUGUCUGCCUCUUCUGCCACCAAGUGCGCAUUGUCCAUAGCUCCUGAGACUUCUCCAGAUCUAUCUCCAAUCUCUACACCAACUCCAGUAGCAAUGGCGCCGGCCGCCACCAAUGGAUUGAACGAGCAAGCGCCGGCGCCUGCUCCAGGCAGUGACUCGGCUGCUUCCCUUCUCUCCAUUCCUUCUGCAAUUGGGGUCACUAUUCUUGCAUCAGUUGGAUGGUUGCUGUUCUGAACUGGAGGGGAACUACGAUGCAGUUUUGGGUGAAGAGAGAACAUGGGGUUACCGAGGGACUAUUGACAGAAUCUUCACUUUGUCGAUUUGUAUUUGUGAGGUUCUGAGCGUUCUUCUUAGCUGAUGUUGUAGGGUAAGAAUUCAUUGUGUGGAACUUCUCUUGGAUGAAUGAUAUUAAUGAGGUUUCUGGA